UUCUUGGACAGCCAGUGGCGCCUUCUGUACCUCCCUGCUCCAUCCAUCCCUCCAGAUUGCCUCACCUUGCUCCUGCUCGAUCGAGCGAUGGAGCUGCAGUACAGAUGCUCGCUGCUCGCUCUGCUGCUUGCAGUGACAUGCUCAUCACUCGCAGUGGCGUAUGAUCCGCUGGACCCGAAGGGGAACAUCACGAUCAAGUGGGACGUGAUCUCGUGGACGCCCGACGGGUACGUGGCGAUGGUGACGAUGAACAACUACCAGAUGUACAGGCAGAUCAUGGCGCCCGGGUGGACACUGGGGUGGUCGUGGGCCAAGAAGGAGGUCAUCUGGUCCAUCGUCGGAGCUCAGGCGACGGAGCAGGGCGACUGCUCCAAGUUCAAGGGCGGCAUCCCGCACAGCUGCAAGCGCACGCCGGCCAUCGUCGACCUCCUGCCGGGCGUGCCCUACAACCAGCAGAUCGCCAACUGCUGCAAGGCCGGCGUCGUCUCCGCCUACGGCCAGGACCCCGCCGGCGCGCUCUCCUCCUUCCAGGUCUCCGUCGGCCUCGCCGGCACCACCAACAAGACCGUCAAGCUGCCCACCAACUUCACGCUCGCCGGCCCCGGCCCCGGCUACACCUGCGGCCCGGCCACCAUCGUCCCCUCCACCGUCUACCUCACCCCCGACCGCCGCCGCAGGACGCAGGCGCUCAUGACCUGGACCGUCACCUGCACCUACUCCCAGCAGCUUGCCUCGCGCUACCCGACCUGCUGCGUCUCCUUCUCUUCCUUCUACAACAGCACCAUCGUGCCCUGCGCCAAGUGCGCCUGCGGCUGCGGCCACGACGGCUACCACGGCGCCGGCGCCGGCGGGAGGCACGCCCGCACCUCCGGCCGCGGCGCCGCCCGCAGCACCUCCGGUGGCCACAGCGCCGGCACCGAGUGCAUCAUGGGCGACUCGAAGCGCGCGCUGUCGGCCGGCGUGAACACGCCGCGCAAGGACGGCGCGCCGCUGCUGCAGUGCACGUCGCACAUGUGCCCGAUCCGCGUGCACUGGCACGUCAAGCUCAACUACAAGGACUACUGGCGCGCCAAGAUCGCCAUCACCAACUUCAACUACCGGAUGAACUACACCCAGUGGACGCUCGUCGCCCAGCACCCCAACCUCAACAACGUCACCGAGGUCUUCAGCUUCCAGUACAAACCCCUCCUCCCCUACGGCAACAUCAACGACACCGGCAUGUUCUACGGGCUCAAGUUCUACAACGACCUGCUCAUGGAGGCCGGGCCGUUCGGCAACGUGCAGUCGGAGGUGCUGAUGCGCAAGGACGACAAGACCUUCACCUUCAGCCAGGGCUGGGCGUUCCCGCGCAAGAUCUACUUCAACGGCGACGAGUGCAAGAUGCCGCCGCCGGACUCCUACCCCUACCUGCCCAACUCCGCUCCCCUCGCGCCGCCGCGUUCCGCGGGAGCCGCCGUCGCCGCCUCGGCGUUCUUGGUGGCGCUCCUCCUGGUGGCAUGAUCAAAAAAAAUGUCCCAUUUUCGAUCAUGUUCUCUUUUGAUAAUUCACACAUGUUUGGAGCAGCAGUGUAGGUAGGGGCAUUUUGGUCUAUUUCAUGCUGGAUGUUCAGUCAGAGGAAAUCUGUGCUGCUGUGUAACUAUAAAACUGCCUGAUAGAUUAUCCAUAACGCACAAUACAAUCAGGCUGGAAGAGUUUUGGUCAGGUCAGUCCCCAGUUAGACCAGCCCUGAGGAAACCAUACCACAAACUUCUCUACAAAUUCUGUUGCGACUACAAAAUGUAUGCAGAUAUUGACAUCGGAAUGGAGAGACAAACAAUCAAUUUACUGA